CGUUUGUUUGGGGCGAAACGACGCGACGGUGUAUAGUUUGUGCGUAAAAUAUGGCGACGAAUUGGAAGUUCCUUUGUUUCUCGAUCUUCGCGUGUAUCGAGCAGUUCAGCUCGGGCCAUCCAUGUUGCGUAGCCGUAGAUUUUUCGAUCCAUUUAUUUUUGGCAAACUUUUUCAUUUUGUAACAUAUACAUCGUUUUACACGAGAGAUCCAAUGAGACACGGCAGCGAGAAUGUUGACGGAGUACGCGUACAUCAAGCCGCGAAGCCAGUUCGGCAAGCAUUGCAACUUCCGGACCGAGUACACCGCGGAAGAGAACAUCAUGCCGCAGCCGCAGCUGAUGCACAACUACGUGAUCCACCCGUACACUCAUCGCAAGACACAGAUGAGCAAGCAGUACGCGGUCCACGAGGUGCAAACGGAAAGAAAGGACGCGACAAACAUGGGAAUAUUGCACACGGAAGGGGGCUGGCCGAAGGAGAUGAAUCCGCGUGACCCGGAAGUCGUUCAGAGGUUUCGCCGACGCGUGGAGAAAAGUGACAAUUGGGCGACGAACAUGAGGGGUCUGCUCUCGACGAUGGAGGGUUACGUGCUGCAGAACAACACCAUCGAUAUCUAUCAGAAUUAUUUCGACGAUUUGAUCGCGACACCUAUGGUCAAAAAUUACAGUAUCAGGGUGAUAAACUCGUACGAGGACCCGCAGACUCAUGUGAGACCAAUCAGGGACAUAUCGUGGUCUCCGAACAAUCUGGAUCGAUUGGCCGUCGCGUACGGGUUCCUGGAAUUUGAGCAGCAUUCGGCCGACGUGAGUCCGUACUCCUACGUAUGGGACAUCGAGAAUCCCAAUAAAGCUGUGUACACGUUGAAAUCGGAAAGCCCAUUAAUGACGGUGAAAUUCAAUCCUCGCGAUCCUGUGAUACUAGUCAGCGGUCUUAUCUCUGGUCAAGUGUGCUACUGGGAUCUUCGAGUGAACGAAAAACCCAUCGAGACGUCGCAUCGUUUCGUGAGUCACAGAUAUCCAGUGGUCCAGACUCUUUGGAUCCCUUCCAAGGCCAACAACGACUUCUUCUCCUGUUCCACCGACGGCGUGGUUCUCUGGUGGGACAUCCGAUUCAUAAAGAAGCCAACGGAGAGCCUGGUGAUGGACUUGGAGCAGCCGGAUAGGACAAACGUUUACAAAGCGAUCGGUAUCACGGCGCUACAGUUUGAACAGACGAUGAGCAGCAGAUUUCUAGCCGGCACCGAGAACGGCCUCGUCGUCAAUGUAAACAGGCGGGCCAGCAAUCCAGUGGAAAAACUGGCGGUGAGGUUCCACUGUUACAUGGGACCGGUCGUCGCGAUCGACAGGAAUCCCGUCUACACGAAGAACUUCUUAACUAUCGGCGACUGGUCGGCCAAAGUAUGGGCGGACGACACGAAGGAAGGAAAUUUGCUUAGUACCAACAACAGAUUCAUCGAUCUGACCGGCGGCUGCUGGAACAGAGUCAGGUGCUCCGUGUUCUUCACGAUAAACGAAAAAGGGACGGUGGAGGCGUACGACAUAUUGGCAGGCGCGAGGGCACCAUUGACCGACAUUCGCCUGUGUCACGACAGUCUAACGGCGAUCAGCUCUCACGACGAGGGCGAGUUCCUCGCUGUCGGGAGCAGAAACGGGAACGUCUACCUGUUGGAAUGCACGCAGGACCUCGCGACCUUUACGAAAGAGGACCGAGCCGCUUUGAGCAACUACCUGGAAAGAUGCAGCCGCUACGAGAAAGCGAUCGACAGCCGUUUGAAAGAAAUUCGCCUGGCCCAUCGGACUUCCGACAACAUCAGCCCGCGAUAUUCGAAGGUGAAGACGAAGAAGAAGAAGAGAGAGAAGCAGGUGAACGCGGAUAAGGAAAGACUGGAGAGCUAUAAGAAGUCCAGACUCUCGAAACCGAAAGCGAAGGACGCGAUCAAGAUGACCAUCCCUGAAUUUCAGAAGGCACAGACGGAGUAUUUCGAGAGAGUAGAACAGAUAUCGGCGCAGUACACGCAUCUCGACGAGAGCGACAUACACGCGGCGCAGGAACUAUUGAAGGACAGAGAGAUAGUGAAACCUAAGAAAGAGAAGGUAGAAAAUGAGAAGGAGGAGAGAAAAAGGACACGAUCAAUCUGGAGGAUCAGAAAGACCAGAGUGAGGCCGACACUUCCGAAGGAGAUGGAGGAGGAGCGUAAGGUGGACGUCGCUCCGGACUCGAUUAGGAUAAAAAGCAGAAAGCCACGCGCGAGGAAGGUGUUGGGGAAGAUUUGCGCGAAGCAAGUUGUGUGCAAGCCGAAAAUUUGCUGCGCGGAUUUGGAAGAGAAACGAAGAAUAAGGAGAGCGAAGAAGAAAGAGAUUGCUUCGAAGCUCGCGAAGGAGGAGGAGGAGGAGGUGGUGGUUGCGGAGAGACGCAGAUCGUUCGUGAUAGACAACAAGUGGUUUAGGCGAUUGACCGACUACGUCGCUCAAAUUCCAUCGCCGUCGCCUGCGCUCAGGAGGAGGAUCCUGGCGUUGAAGGACACGCCGCCGAGCGUGCUACAAAAAGAGUUGGCCGAGGCGAAGGAGGAGGCGCGCGUUUGGCAAGAGAGGGCGAUCGCGAAGCGGCUUGGCUCCUGGGACGUCGAGAGAAAGCUCGAGAGGAAGAAAUUAACGGAGCCAAGGCCGCAGGACACGACGAGGCAGGAGCGGGAGGAGGAAGCCGAGAUCAAGUCGGAGGAAUCGACAAGCACGAUAAUAACUCUCCCGACUAAGAUCUCGCGGCGACGAUUGCCACCGACGGAGGAGGAGCUGAGAAAGAUCGAGGAAGAGAAGCGCUUGCAGCUGUGGAACCUGCAGAAACAGAAGAUGAAGAAGUACGACAAACGACAUCCGUACUAUCCGCGGAUAUCCGCCGCGCUCGCGCGGAUGCACUCGGACGAGACGCUGGACAAACGAGAUUAA